UGCCUUCCUCCUUCCUUUUUCUAAUACUGCCCUUCCCUUCCCCAGACAGCUUCUUUUUAGGUCUCAGGUUCCCCUCCGAGGCCUCGAGGUUUGGGCUGCCCCGGAGGACAUGGCCUGGGGCCCUGACAACGUGCGGAAAUGGUCAACCCCGGCGCUGCUGGCCAUCAUGGGCACAGUGCUGACAGCGGCCACCAGCCCUGGCUUCGUGGCCAUGAUCACCCAGAAGGGCCUGGACUUCGCGUGCCAGCAGGGUGUGAUCGUGUUGCAGAAGGAGCUACAAGGCAUCAGUAUUCCCGAAUUCUCUGGAGAAGCCUUUAAGUUGAAGCACCUGGGGAAAGGCUACUAUUACUUCUACAGCAUGGUUGUGGAUGUAUUUCAAAUCCCUGAUCCCAAGAUCAAGCUCUUGCCCAAUGAUGGCCUCCAGCUGUCCAUUAAAAAUGCCAGCAUCAAGAUCAAUGGAAGAUGGAAAUCAAGGAAGAAUUUCCUCAAAGCCAAUGGCAAGUUUAGCUUGAACGUCAAAGGUAUCUCCAUCUCCGCUGACCUGAAGCUGGACACUGACUCCUCAGGCCACAUCACUGUCAACUUUUCCUCCUGCUAUGGUCACAUCGACAAAAUCCGUAUCCGAGUCUCAGGCGGCAUGGUGGGGUGGCUGAUCCAACCGUUCCACAGGAGAAUGGAGAAUUCCCUGAGAAACAUCAUUUACUCGAAGAUCUGCAAGAUCGUGAACAACUCUGUGUACUCCAAACUGCAGCCCUAUGUGCGCACUUUCCCAGUGAUAUCUAGAGUGGAUGAUGUAACCAAGAUUGACUACAGUCUGGUGGCACCUCUGACAAUCGAGUCAGAGUUCCUGAAGGGGCAGCUAAAGGGGGAGUUUUUCUGGCGGGAACACCGCAGCGCCUCUCCCACCGCCCCACCAUUAAUGGAUUUUAACCCCAGCAAUGACUACAUGGUGUCCCUGGGCAUCUCCGACUACUUCUUCAACACUGCAGGAUUCGCAUACCACGAGUCUGGAACCUUGAAAAUAACCCUGAUGAACCAAAUGUUGCCAAAGGAUACCAAAUUCCAACUGAACACUGAGUUCCUUGGGACCUUCCUGCCCGAGGUGACAGCGAAAUUCCCCAGCAUGGAGGUGCAGCUGCUGAUCUCGGCCGCCUCGCCACCGCACCUGAGCAUACAGUCCUCCGGCCUCUUGUUCUACCCCACCAUGGAGACCCAGGCCUUCGUGGUUCUCCCCAACUCCUCCCUGGUCCCUCUCUUCCUGGUUGGCAUGAACACAAGUGCCUCUUUGGAAGUGGAUGCUGACGAGAAUAGGCUUAUCGGAGAGCUUAAGCUAGACAAGAUGCUGCUGCAACUGAAGAACUCCAACUUUGGCACCUUUCAGGUGGAGUUAAUGGAAACUGCCAUAAACUCCCUUAUGCACUCAGUGGUGCUGCCCAAGAUCAAUGAGUGGCUGCAUGCAGGCUUCCCUCUUCCCUUGCCCGAUGGGGUCAACCUCAAGAACUUCCUGUUUCAGUCCUACCAGAAUUUCCUGGUCCUUGAAGCGGAUAUCUACCUGACCUGAGAUCACCGUGGGCCCAGGGCCAGGGAGUUCUGCAGCUGCUCCCGAGGGGCCACUGCACUCAGGUUCUUUAGUCUUUGGCCUUGAUCCCCCAGCUCCCUGCUCAAUUCCCGGAGCCCAGCUCUAGAAAUAACCCAAGCCAGUGGAAACUGAACACUGGAAAGGCAGGAGGUCUGUGUGCCAGCGCUCCAUGCCUCUUCCCGCCCAGCCCUUCGAGCCAUUGGCAUUUCCGCUGGAACUGUGGCACCACUUUAGGCUGGACAAAAACACCCGUUCCCCCUGCAACCCCCGUGGAUUCUGUGUGCUGGUGUGGCUUUUUGUCCAUUCGUUAAUGCACUCACUGGCUGUAACCAUCAUGGCCUGAAGCGCGUGUACUCUUGAGUCCUCGU